UUCAAAAUGGCGACUACGAUCUAAAACGUUUUUCACAAAUAUUGAGAAUUAUAUCACUAGACGUUCUAUUUGUCAGUUAAACCAAGACAAGACUGAGCCAUUCUGAUCUAUAUAAAACCACACUCCAUACUGACUCCCAGCAUAGCAAAGGGAAGCCAUGUCUUUAGCAGAUGAACUUCUUGCUGAUCUCGAGGAGGAUGAGGCAGAUGAAGCGGAUAAUGAAGAGCAGAAUGAAGAGCAAAUGGGAGCAGGGGCUCCUGGAGCAGAGGAGGCUGCAAUGGAAGUGGACAUUGGUGAAUCUGUACGCGCAGUGGCUAAAUUACGUGACAGCAAAGAGUUAGCUGAUGUAAUGAGGAAGAUUGCAGAAUUCCAAAGCAAACCUAAAAGAACUCAAGUUGUUGGAAUAGUAGAAGCGGAUCCAGAAUAUCUUCUUAUAGUGGAUGCCAACAAUCUGACUGUGGAAAUAGAUAAUGAAAUAAAUGUGAUCCACAAGUUCACUAGAGACAUCUAUUGUCAAAGGUUUCCAGAAUUGGAGUCGUUAGUGCCAAAUUCCAUGGAAUAUCUCAAAACAGCCAGAGAACUAGGUAAUCAAAUAGACAAAUCCAAGAAUAAUGAGGUGCUGCAAGAAAUAUUGACGUCAGCUACAAUAAUGGUGGUCAGUGUGACAGCCUCGACUACACAGGGCACUAAACUGACCAAUGAGGAGCUAGACAGAGUGUACGAAGCAUGUGACAUGGCAGUAGAGCUCGUGAAAUAUAAACAACAGAUAUUUGACUAUGUGGAGUCUAGGAUGGCAUUCAUUGCACCAAACCUUACUCUAAUCAUUGGUGCAUCAACUGCAGCCAAAAUAAUGGGUGUAGCUGGUGGUUUAUCUGCCCUCAGUAAGAUGCCUGCCUGUAACAUUUUGUUGCUAGGUGCCCAAAAGAAAACAUUGUCUGGUUUCUCACAAACAGCAGCCAUCCCUCAUGCAGGGUUUGUUUACUACAGUGAUGUUGUACAGAAAACACCUCCAGAUUUGCGAAGGAAGGCAGCAAGACUCGUAUCUGCAAAAUGUACCCUAGCAGCCAGAGUGGACAGCUUCCAUGAGAGUUCAGAUGGCCAUGUUGGUGACAACCUGAGAGCUGAAAUUGAUGAGAAGCUAGACAAACUUCAGGAACCACCACCAGUUAAAGCGAUCAAACCUCUCCCUGCACCCAUAGAUGCCGCCAAGAAAAAGAGAGGUGGAAGGAGGGCAAGAAAAAUGAAAGAGAGACUUGGAAUGUCAGAAAUGAGAAAGCAGGCAAACAGGAUGACAUUUGGAGCAAUAGAGGAUGAUGCAUAUCAGGAUACUAUCGGGUUCAGUGUAGGAAAUCUUGGUAAAUCUGGUUCUAAUCGGGUCCGUGGUCCAUUAGUUGAUGCAAAAACAAAGGCUAAAAUCUCAAAAACAUUACAGCAAAAACUUAGUAAACAAAAAAAUAAUGUUUGGGGAGGAAGUACAACUGUUAAAAAAGCUGUGUCUGGAACAGCCUCCAGUGUUGCAUUUACGCCACUACAAGGUUUGGAAAUUGUUAACCCAUUAGCAGCUGAAGCAAGGACUCAAGAGGCACAAAAAUAUUUCUCAAGUACUUCUAGCUUUGUUAAAGUGACUACUCCAUUACCAGGUUCAUCCAAAUCUUGAAAGUUUAGGACACAUACUUACUGUAUGUUGUAAAAGUAAAAUCACAGUUACGCUGCAUAUGUGUCUUGUGGUUGGCUUGGAAUUAAAAGGCUGGAGGAUAAAGGAUGUAGGAUAUAAACCUGGCAAUAUAAGGGAUGUGUAAGAAAUGUAUAGAAGUAAAGAAGCAAUGGUAAUAUACCAAUAAAUAAGGAUGUUAAGAAGCAUAUAGAAGGAGAGAAAUAAUGGUAUUCUAUUGGUCGUCAUUUCAAUCAGAGUGUAUGGGAUUGUGUGUAGGCUACCAAUGGUUGAGAAAAGUUGUAACAUAGAUUAAAGAAGUUGCAUAUAAAUUACAUGAAAGUGGUCCCUCAAACUCGAGUAGUCAUUUUGCAAUUUGUACUUGUUUUAAACUACUUCUUUGUUCGUAGUUGCCAGGAGGACCAAUUGAUUUUGUGAGCUCUCAAAAAGUUCUGGUCACCUUAGUAAUGAUUCUCUAGGUAAUCAAUCGCAAAUACCUACUACAUGUACGUUGUAUCAAUGAAGAUGAUUUAAAAAAAACUGAUCAUGAUUUGAAAAGUCAAUGUCCAAAAUCACUGAAACGAUGCAUAAUAUCAGUCGUAAGUUGGAAAAUUGGCUAAACUUACACAGCAAAUUGCAAAUUGACCAAAGAAUAAAAGACCAAUUUCAAUAUUAUUUUUCCAUUACAUAUUGUAUAUGCUGAAAAGAGCAAUUUGCUGCCUGUGGACCUAUGUUUGCACUUUCCCCACACCUCAAUAAAUUAAUAACAUUGUUUUAAAUUAGUCAAAAUACAUGAUCAAUUGAAGAUUAAGCAUUUUAGGUUUUAAGAAUGAUUUUUAUUUCUUAAUGUACAAAUUGUACUAAUGUAUACUAUUUUUAUAUCAUAGUAAAAAUA